AUUUUCAGUUUAAAAUUUCGACGAGUUCAAGUGGCUUUGAUUUUUCUACAGUUUUACUAGUCCGGCGCGUUCCUCUACUUACUUGCCUAUCACCCUACCUCCUCAGUUGUCGAGACACGUCUUUUGUCUGCAAUUUUUAUUUUUUGUCCGCAACUUUCUAAAAUCCGCAUUCUCAGUUUGGCAUUUCGACGGCAUCAAGGGAUUUGGCUUUUUUUUGGCUUUUCUACAAUUCUAGUAGCCGUCACGUUCCUUUAUUUACUUGCAUAUUACCCUACCUCUACAGCUGAGGACAUGUCUUUAGUCCGCAAUUUUUGUCCGCAUUUUUAUUUUUAGUCCGCAAAUUAAAUACCAGAAUUUCCCAACCCCCUUAGUAUUUACAAUUGAGGUCCGGCUUAUUUUUUCGUGUAUUAAAAAUUUUUUUAGAAAAUGCCGCCAAUAUUCCAUUUCAACUACAACAAUGAUAGACACCAAAAUAUAUUCAUUUCAACCCCAAUUAUUUUAUUAAUUUUGUUAUUGUUGAGUAGAGGCAGAAUGUUUUCUUUUGUUGAGGAUCUAGAGGAAAAAGAGGCUAAAAUAAAUUUGGAAAAGGAUGAGGCUGGUGAAAUAAAAGGAGGUUUAUUUUUCAGUUUUGUUAAGGAAUUCGGAAUUUGUGUAGUUUACCCCCCAUAA